AAGCUUUUUGCCUAAGUUACACGAAGCGCGAAUAUUUCGCUCUUAUCCUCGAGGGGUCGCCGGCGAACUUGAUUCGAUCUUCUUUGUUGGCCCGCGAUCAGUCAUCGCCGUCUCUUUCCGACUGAUUCUUGAACCUUCGCCGUUCAUCCCCGGCUUUUGUUCACCGGCAUAAGGGGGAGGAAGAUGUCGACUCCGUCGAGGAAGAGACUGAUGAGGGAUUUCAAGAGGUUGCAGCAGGAUCCUCCUGCAGGCGUAAGCAGUGCUCCACAAGAUGACAAUAUCAUGCUCUGGAAUGCCGUUAUAUUCGGGCCUGAUGAUACCCCAUGGGAUGGAGGUACUUUCAAACUCACGCUUCAGUUUGCAGAGGAUUAUCCGAAUACGCCACCGACUGUCCGCUUUGUUUCGAGGAUGUUCCAUCCAAACAUUUAUGCAAAUGGGAGUAUCUGCUUGGACAUUCUACAAAACCAGUGGAGUCCAAUCUAUGAUGUAGCUGCUAUACUCACCUCCAUUCAGUCGUUGCUUUGUGACCCGAAUCCGAAUUCUCCGGCCAACUCGGAAGCUGCAAGGAUGUUCAAAGAAAACGAGCGUGAUUACAACCGGAAAGUGCGAGAAAUCGUUGAGCAAAGCUGGACUGCUGACUAGUUAUUACCACCUCUUCUUUCCGAACAUAACUGUCAAUCCCGUUCUUGUGUUUUUAGAACUCAGUUAUAUGUUUUUCGAAAUCCAACGGUCCAUUUCCCUUUGGUAUACUUGUGAUUCUGCCCAUUCAUUAUCACUGUUUCUACCUCUCUUAUGAUCA